CAUGGCGUUCUUGUUUGGCCGCAGCAAGGCCAGGUCCAACCAGGAGUUGACCCGGUCGACCAAAGAUUUGAUACUGAAGCUAAUUGCUGAGGACAAGCCUUCACAAAAGGUAUCCGACCACUACGACCCGAGCGAACUGGACUGGGCUGACGACGGUCAGAUCGAGGAAGAAGUGGCACGGAAUCUUGGCCAGAUGAAGGUCAUCCUUCAAGGCACGCCCGAACUCGACGUCAGCCCCGACCAGGUAUUCCAGCUGGUGAACCUCCUCGUUACCGAAGAUCUUCUACGAGUCCUCGCCGAGAACAUCCACCGUCUACCCUUCGAAUCGCGCAAAGAUACCCAAACCAUCAUCUCCAACGUCCUGCGAUACAAGCAACCGGGCGAAGACCAACCAAUUGCCCUUCAAUACAUCAUCACUACCCGUCCCGAAGUCAUCAUUGCGCUUUGCAAUGGCUACGAUCGUCGCGAAAGUGCUAUGCCCUGUGGAGGAAUACUGAAAGAAGCUCUGAAACAUGAUGCUGUCACAGCACUGAUUCUCUACGACGAACCGAGCCUACACGGCCAGCCUCUGGAUCUUGGCAGCAUCGACACAGAUCAGCCUGCCUCGGGCCAGGGUGUGUUUUGGAAGUUCUUUGAUUGGAUCGACAAGAGUUUGUUCGAAGUCAGCACCGAUGCUUUCGACACUUUCCGCGUGGGUCGCUCCCACAUUCUACGC